AUGUACAGAAGCUCUGGUUAUAUGUUAGUACCGAGAUUGUAUUUUCGGCUUUCCACUUUUAAUGUUAACCGCUUCGCAAGACGAUUAAUACAAUCGAACUCGACAGAUCCCCGUCUAGAAUGCAAAUUUGUGGAUGAAGAGGCAGAUGAAUCAAGACAUGAAAACAGCAUUCAUGACGUGAAAUCCGACCUAGACACCGUUGGUGAAUUUAUUCCAGAAGACGAUCGCAAUGUAAUGAGUCAACAUCCUAAUAUAACCAGAGGUAAAAAAUUAAAGCCGGGCAGGGCCAACAUAGUUGUACUUGAUGCUAAACAAUCUGGUUUGCUAAAACAAAGAGAAUUACCUAAUUAUUUCAAAAGAAGAAAUGGGGACAGCAGAUUAUCAAUUUUAGAAGGUGUAGAGCUGGGCACAGAUCAUGAAUUGACACGCUAUACAGAUUCAAAAUCAUUGCUUAAUGAGGUAAAUGGGACAAGGAGCAACUCGAGUGAUGUUCUCCGUGCGAUUGAAUCUCAAAGAAAGAAAUUGCUUAUAUUUAAGAGUAGAGUUUCCAAAGAGCAGGCAUUAAGAUCUAUACACUAUCAGAAGCCUUCGACGUCAGUACUAUCGAGAAAAAGGUACGACCAAAUAAAGCAACUAUUGGAGUCUGCAUACACAGCUAGUCAGUUGAAGACUUAUGCAAAAAAAUAUUAUAACUUAUCCAGUGGCAAAAUAACGAAGUCAGAAAUCAUUAGUAGGGUCAUUAAUGAAUGCUGGCAGUGUAGCGUCAGUGACACUAUGAACGAGACAGAAGAUCUGGUUCUUGAAAGAAUUAUCGAUGUGAAUACCCGUGACAUGUAUCUUCUUCUUCUUACGAACAACGGUAAAAUACUCAACAAUUUCGCUCGAAUUGGUGCAACUGUAGCCGUUGCAUUGGAUGAAAAUAUUGUCAUAGUUCGUGGAACGGCCUCAAUAAUAAGAUAUGUCGAAGUUUCUCUUAACAAGAUUUUAGGGAACGUAUCUACUCUCAGAGUAUCAAUUAAGGAUAUUAUUUCGCACCAUACAGAGCGGAAUUCGGUAAAGCCAUUUGACAUGGAAGAGCUUAUAUCACUUGUACAAAGAGAAAGUGCCGUUUACUUUGAAAGAGUAUCCUUCGAUAACGAAGACACUGGCGACGCAUACGAGCUGUCUGCAUUUGGAUCCAAAAGGGUAUUAAAUGCUAGAAACUUACUACUUUGGGGAGUCAAGUAUCAACCUCAGCUAGUAGAGAAGAUUUCCUUUCAUUGUUUAAGUGAGCCCUCCUCUUUUAAAAAAUUUCCUUUCACUAAUACGGAAUGUCUCGAUUGGAUUGAUAAAACAAAGGAGUGGUGUCGUUUGCAGAUGCCAUUAGCAAAAAUCUCUUCACAAUCUACAAAAUCGGUUGGCAGUGAAGUUAAAAUGAACUCAAGUGAUGAAAAGCUUGAUGAAUGGUACGAUUUUUUGAUGAAUGAAAACAAUAAUGCUAAAAUGGUCGAUCUCAAACUAGACAGGGAGCCCUCUAAAAUAUUUAGCAUGACUCUGGGACAAAUAUUAAGACCUUUAGAGGAAAACGAUUCAAAUAAAGGAAGAAUUUUCGAACCAAAGAUAACCCAAGUCACUUCAAAACUCUUGGAACUACCCUUGUAUGAUUCUUUGUGCACCAAAGACGAACUGUUCACUGUUGAUCAACAUGAAUAUUACGUUCAAUUAAAAUUCAUCCCUGAUUUGUCUACAUUCAAUGAUCAGACUACGAAUGCCCCUCCAAUCGAAAUAUGGUUUGAACUCGAUGACUAUGACAACGCCAUUACUAGCACUGCCCGUUGUAUGGUACAAAUGGAACAGAAAUCGUUGUUACUUCAAACUCCACAAUUGCAACACGACUACAAAAUCAGCACAGACUUAGUCGGCGAAUUAAUACAGACUUUCGAAGAAAACCAAGAAGACUGGCUUGCCGAUCAGCCUGGCAUCAAAGAAUUCUUGCAAGAGUCUCACUUGACAUUCAAUAGCAAGAAAAAGUUAGUCAUUCCAAGAUCGAUAAAUGUGGACCUUCCAACAAAAUCAUCUGUCAAUAAAUCCGCCUUUAUUCCCAUCCGAUAUGAUUAUAUUAAUGCCAAUUAUCAUAGGGUUCUGAGGCUAUUUUACAUGGAUAAGUAUAUGGUACAGUUUUCCGAUGUUAACGGUGGUCCACUGGGAGGCAGAUAUACCCAAGUUGAUUUCAUAGGCGGAGAAUCAUUAAGUCGGACUGAUUUCAAACGAUUUGUUAAAGACAUUUCAAAGUGUUUCUAG